ACUACUGAACACACACACACUGUGUCCUCCCACUACACUACUGAACACACACACUGCGUCCUCCCACUACACUACUGAACACACACACUGCGUCCUCCCACUACACUACUGAACACACACACACACACGUGAGUACACUGACUCAUUACUGAACACAGAAAGGUCUGGAACACUGAAAAACGAAUCCCUUCUGAACAAUGCUGUCAUUAUUUAUGUGUUUAUUAAAAAUCAAGGCUGUGAUCGUACGCUGAAUAUUACCGAGGAACAAAAAGAUAAUUUAAAAAUAAAUUUGAUUUAUAGAAAUGCUUUUGAUCUGUGUAAUAACGUGUGUGUGCUGUGAUCAGUGUGAGCUGGUGUGUGUGUCGUGUAACUCCCGAGCUGAACGUCGGCCCUAACUAACGACUCGAUCAUUAACUGAUAGAGUAAAUCAGCGGCCCUCAGCAUCGCGCCGAGGGGAAGUGCACGAGGGCGCGUCUCCUACAGCAGUGGAACACGGACUCGACCCUCGCUAAAUAAGGCGUCAUUACUGUCGAGGCAGUUGUUCAUAAACGAUUCAUAUAAACGUCUGGGGAGAGAACAGACUGGACUAUAAAUCUGAGAGCUGGGCUUCGAAAAUUCUCCAAACUGUCAGGAAGAGAGGACGAGUGUCUCACCAUGGACGACAUCUAUAAAGCAGCGGUGGAGCAGCUCACUGAAGAACAGAAAAGUGAGUUUAAGGCUGCGUUCGAGGUGUUUGUUCAGGACGCAGAAGACGGCUGUAUCAGCACUAAAGAGCUGGGGAAAGUGAUGAGGAUGUUGGGGCAGAACCCCACGCCUGAGGAGCUGCAGGAGAUGAUCGACGAAGUCGACGAAGACGGCAGCGGCACUGUGGACUUUGACGAGUUUUUGGUGAUGAUGGUCAGAUGUAUGAAGGACGACAGCAAAGCGAAAUCAGAGGAAGAGCUGGCAGAUCUGUUCAGGAUGUUCGACAGAAACGGAGAUGGAUAUAUCGAUAUAGAGGAACUGCGUGAGAUGCUGAAAGCUACAGGAGAGACGAUCACUGAAGACGACGUGGAGGAACUGAUGAAGGAUGGAGAUAAGAACAAUGACGGGAGGAUCGAUUAUGACGAGUUUCUGGAGUUCAUGAAGGGAGUCGAAUGAACCACAACACGGUGACUGUUCUGCAGCGGAACCGUGGCUUUAGUGUUCACGUGAAGUCUGAUUUUAAAUAAUUCCUGUUCAUCUGCAGCUUCUGGGAAAAUAAAGCUCUGAUUAU